AUGCAGCUCUUAGGCCAGAACAACGCCCUUCGCGACAUCAUCAACAAACACCGCCCGGACUUGGAGCCAUACGAGUCCAUAUAUCGCAAGAUACACAGCUCCCCAGAACUCUCCGGCCAAGAAAGACAGACCUCCACACUCGUCGCAAACCACCUCCAGCAUCUAGGCUAUGAAGUCCACACCGACAUCGGCGGAUACGGUGUCGCAGGCGUCCUCCAAAAUGGAAACGGCCCUACAGUCCUCCUCCGCGCAGACAUGGACGCCCUCCCGCUAGAAGAGAAGACCGGACUCCCAUAUGCAAGCAAUCGAACCGUUAAAAACAAAGCCGGCGCCAAAGUCCCCGUCAUGCAUGCUUGCGGCCAUGAUACCCACGUCACGGGGCUAAUGGGCAGCGCGGAGCUCCUUAUCGCUGCACGAGAACAUUGGUUGGGGACUUUGGUCCUGAUAUUCCAGCCAGCAGAGGAAGAAUUGUCUGGAGCCCAGGCGAUGAUCGACGACGGACUCUACGACAAGGUCCCGAAGCCGGACGUCGUCCUUGCGCAACACGUCAUGCGCAUGAAGGCCGGGACCGUUGGAAUCCGGGCUGGCCGCCUUCUGACAGCAUCAGAUGCGUUCGAUGUAAAGAUCUACGGCCGCGGAGGACACGGCUCCUCGCCGCAGACAUGCGUCGAUCCUAUUGUCAUCGGCGCGGCGAUUAUCACUCGUCUCCAGACGAUCGUUAGUCGGGAAAUUACACCAGGUGAGCUUGCUAUCGUUACCUGCGGAAGUAUCAACGCAGGGCACGCGCCGAAUAUCAUACCCGACGAAUGCGACCUCCAACUCAGCGUGCGGUCUUACGACCCCAACGUCCGCGAACGUCUCAAUACCGCCAUCAAACGCAUCAUCGAAGCAGAAUGCGACGCAUCAGGGACGCCGCAGAAGCCAAGCAUCAAGCACAUUUUCACGGCACCAGCUACAAUCAACGAUGAAGCGACAGUCCGAACACUGCUGAAGACAUUCGGGUCCUAUUUCGGGAAUAACCUUGUUGAAACUGAGCCUGCCGCUGCGAGCGAGGACUUUUCGAUCCUGGCGACGGCCGUCGGGGCGCCGUAUGUCAUGUGGAACUUUGGGGGUGUUGAUGAGCGGGUUUGGGAUAAUGCUGUGAAGGAUGGGAAACUUGAUGAGUUGCCGGGGAAUCAUUCGCCGUUCUUUGCGCCGGUUAUUCAGCCGACGAUUGGGACGGCGGUUGAUGCGAUGGCGGUUGGGGCGUUGACGUUUUUGAGGCAGAGUACUUGA